AUGCUGAGGUUCGUGUGCUUCCUCACUCUCUUCUGGAACGCUAACUCUGGAUUAGCUCCGUUCAUCAAGCCUUGUAAGGAUGGAGACGACGCAUGUAUUCUAGCGUCCAGCCAAGCAGCCAUUCCAUUCUUUGCACCGGGCAUGCCUGAGCUCGGUGUCAAGUCUCUGGACCCGCUGAGAGUACCCCUGAUUACCAGCAAUCAGGGCGGUUUGGAGCUGUCGUUGAAAGAUACAACGAUAAAUGGUCUCAAAGGAUGUAAGAUAGAAAGCAUCAAACACGACCGAGUUAAAGGCAAACAAACGUUAGUCCUCCGAUGCAGCAUGAAUUUGGAAGGAAUCUAUAGUCUAGGUGGACGAUUGAUUCUCUUAGCUGUGCAGGGUGAAGGCAAAUACAAUAUUAAAAUACGAGACAUCGUAAUAAAGACCGUAACUGACUUGACUACGGAGCAAGGAGAAGAUGGAAAACCUCACUGGAAAAUAAUUAAGUGGCGUGACUCCUUCCACGUCAAGACUGGAGCUUCCUUCUAUUUCGACAACUUAUUCAAUGGAAACAAACUUCUUGCUGACCCAGUGAUAGAGUUCGCAAACACAAACUGGAAGGACGUAAUGCAAGAAAUCGCACCUCCGAUUGUUCACGCUGUCAUCGCUGAAGUGUUUAAAAACGUUGAGGCCUUCUAUAAGGCUGUACCAGCCGAUGAAUUCUACAUUCCAUAA